UCGCCCGGGCCACAGUGACACGGCAAGGUCCUUAGCUGCGGUGGUAAUGCUAAACCCUCCCAUUCCGCUACCUCCUUGUUACUUGCGGAGCGCAUCACCAUACAUUUUGCGAAUAUGCAACAGCCCAUGUGUGCCUGGCGUUGGCCUUCCUGGAAUGUUCGUUCCUGUUGCCGAACUUUGCAUCAAAUCUCCCGUAGCGAACCUAGAACAGGACCAAGAUAGAUGGGUGCAAGCAGCUAGGAUCGAUUUCUCAAUAGGAUGGAAUCUGCCGCAAGACUUUCCAUAAGUGCGCCAAUGGGAUGAAUUGCGCCUUGCGGCGAUCUCAUGGCUGCGCAGCCUCUACUUGAGUGUCAUCACCCGUUGCGUGUCUGAUCUUUCAUCCCCACCCUUCCAUCCACCCAUUAUUGACCAUGUCGCUGAAGCAGAGGGUCAAUCAUCUCCUCGCCGUGGGAGGCGAUGUUGCAAUUCCGGUUCUCACCGCCGUCGAUACUGCAUCGGGCGUGUUCCCUCCUCUACAGGCCGCCACCGGUGCCACACUCUUCAUCCUCACAGAAAUCAAAAAGUUCAGGGGAAAUAAGGAAGAAUGGGAGCGUUUUGGAAGAUAUAUCGGGGACGCCAUGGUCGAUGUGGUUACGGCCGUCGAUUCGUAUGAUGGAUCUAACGAAGAGCCUAAGCCGUGGGUGGAAGGCGUCAAGAAGCUGAGCGAGGCGCUGGAGCGCAUUCGAAUUGAAAUUGGUCGAUUGCGUGGAAAGAUGAAAGGGCAAUCUGGUAUCCGCAACUUCUUCUCUCAUAUGAAGAACCCCAGUAGGAUCGAUGAUUUGAAGAAAGAUUUUUGCGAAGCCUUGGCAAUGUUCCAGCUGCAGACAAAUUUGACGGUUGGUGCAAUGGCAAACAAUCAAGAUCGGUUAACACGUGGAGUAGAAGAUUCCUCAGUUCUGAAUGAACUCAAAUAUCCCAUUGUCCCCCAUCACGAUUCAACUCACCCGUGCCUGCCUGACACUAGGAUUGAUCUGAUCGAGCGUAUUAUGACGUGGUGUCGUACCACGGGGGGUGGCGGGAAUCGUGUAUUACUGCUGACGGCCGUGGCCGGUGCCGGAAAGACAUCUGUUGCGCUCUCAAUCGCUGAGGAGUGUAAAAGCGAAGACAUAUCAUCUUCAAGCUUCUUUUUCAAAGCAGGCGAGCAGUCGCGGCCGGACCAUCUGUUCAGCGGCAUGGCUCGAUCUCUGGCAACCAAUGACGCUGCAUACCGUGUCUCCCUCAUAUCCGCUCUUCAGAAGGACCCAGCCCUCUCGACUGCCUCGUUCCCGACACAAUUCGAGAAACUAGUGGCUGAACCUCUCCAUCUCAGGACAUCUUCGUCUGACCGUCCCAUUGUGAUUAUCAUUGAUGCGUUAGACGAGUGCGACACAAAGUCAUUCCCACGUCUUGCCGAUAUACUUCGGAAGGCAGUCCCAAAACUACCACCUAACAUCAAAUUCUUUCUCACUUCGAGACAAUUUGACCUCGUUGAUCGUUUCCUAUCACCUAAUUACCCUAUUGAUCGCCUCACCAUCGAUCUUUCGGACGAUGCUAACCUGCAUGACUGUUCUAUCUACGUCCGAUCACAACUACACGAACUGAAGGAUGUGCAUCCUGGUUUGGAAGAUGGAAUCGGGGAAGAAGAUACAUUAGUCCAAAGCAUACGGGAGCGGGCGGGUGGCUUGUUCAUUUGGAUCAGUACUGUCUUUGAUUACAUGAAGGUCAGCGGUAGUGAUGCUGUGAAGAUGCUGAAGAACCUGCUGGAUGAAGAUCUCAACCGAUCAAAGGCAUCCGCUGAGGAAAUGAUGGAUAGGCUGUAUGCGAGUAUUUUGGAGAAGUGUAACUGGAAGGAUGAUGAUUUCGCGCAUGACUACCCGAUCGUGAUGGGAGCAAUUCUAAUUGCACAGAAGCCACUGUCUGUUGCGGCCUGGGAUGCUAUCCUCUCACCACUGCUGGAGUCGGACGUCCGAUAUACAUUAGCUCAACUUUCACCUCUCGUCUCAGGAAUAAGGGAUCCUGGCAAGCCAAUUCGUAUUCUGCACCAAUCCUUUCGUGACUUUCUCAUGGACCGUGUUGAUCCACAAUCACCCAUACUUGGUCGAUUUGGAGUGGAUGCGAGGAGGGAGAACAGUAGAGUGGCCCUGCGCUGCAUCAAGAUCUUGAAUAAAGAACUUUCAACUAUGAAGGAUUUAGGGCUAAUCAAAGACUUAUCCGAAAAAACCAAGCUGCCACCCAUUCCUCAAGAGGCGCUGUCCGAACAUGUCCAUUAUGCAUGUCGGCAUUUCGUGCAUCAUCUCAGCCAAUUUCAGGAGCCACUGGAGGCACCCAAUGGGCCGAUUCACAUAUUUCUCAAUGAGCAGAUAUCGUGCUGGGUGGAAGUCUGUGUGAGGACGGAAGGGUACAUUAGUAUAUCAUCAUUCCCUGAAUGGGCCAAGUUGAACAUUGAUUCGGUCUCCAAAGAAGUCAUUCACAAGUUGGUCAAAGUAUUUCUCAAUAUGAGGAAAAAUCUUGCGUUCUUUUUAAGAUUGCAGGAGGCAUAUGAGUUGGCAAGUGAUUCAGUUGCACUGUGCCAUUGCCUUGUGUCUACGGACUCAGAGUCCUACACCCCGGAUCUGGCUCGAGCACUUGGGGAUCUAGCUGCAUCACUCACCCACCUUGGAUGCCAUUCCGAGGCACUCACGGUGAUUGAAGAAAGUGUGCAACUCUGCCGUGAGCUCGUUGCCACCCAUCUAAUAUCAUACAUCCCAGAUUUGGCUCAAGCGCUCCGGAAUCUUUCUGUAUCACUCCACGAAGUUGCAUGCCAUUCGGAGGCACUCACAGUGAUCGAAGAAAGUGUGCAACUCUGGCGCGAGCUAUUUGCCACCCAUCCAACAUCAUACACCCCGAAUUUGGCUCGAGCGCUCCGGAAUCUUGAAGUAUCACUCAACAAAGUUGGACGCCAUUCCGAAGCGCUCACAGUGAUUGAAGAAAGUGUGCAACUCUGGCGGGAGCUAGUUGUCACUCAUCCAACAUCAUACAUCCCGGAUUUGGCUCGAGCGCUCCGGCAUCUUAAAGUAUCACUCAACAAAGUUGGACGCCAUUCCGAGGCACUCAUGGUGAUCGAAGAAAGUGUGCAACUCUGCCGCGAGCUAGUUGCCACCCAUCCAACAUCAUACACCCCGGAUUUGGCUCGAGCACUCAGGAAUCUUUUUGUAUCACUUGACAAGAUUGGACGCCAUUCUGAGGCACUCACUGUGAUCGAAGAAAGUGUGCAACUCUGGCGUGAGCUAGUUGCCACCCAUCCAACAUCAUACACCCCAGAUUUGGCUGGAGCACUCCAGAAUCUUGAAGUAUCACUCAACAAAGUUGGACACCAUUCCGAGGCGCUCACAGUGAUCAAAGAAAGUGUGCAACUCUGGCGCGAGCUAGUUGCCACCCAUCCAACAUCAUACACCCCAAAUUUGGCUGGAGCGCUCCGGAAUCUUACAGUAUCACUCGACAAAGUUGGACGCCAUUCCGAGGCGCUCAUGGUGAUCGAAGAAAGUGUGCAACUCUGGCGCGAGCUAGUUGCCACCCAUCCAACAUCAUACACCCCAAAUUUGGCUGGAGCGCUCCAGAAUUCUACAGUAUCACUCGACAAAGUUGGACGCCAUUCCGAGGCGCUCAUGGUGAUCGAAGAAAGUGUGCAACUCUGGCGCGAGCUAGUUGCCACCCAUCCAACAUCAUACACCCCGGAUUUGGCUGGAGCGCUUGGGAAUCUAGAUGUAUCGCUCACCAACCUUGGACGACAUUCUGAGGCACUCCUCGCGAAUGAAGAAAGCGUGAAGCUCUGGCGCGAGCUAGUUGCCACCCAUCCGGCAUUGUACACCCCGGAUUUAGUUGAAGCGCUCGAGAAUCUUGUAAUAUCUCUUGACAACCUUGGACGUCAUUCUGAGGCGCUCCUUGUCAAUGAAGAAAGGCUCAGACUCCUAUGCCAGUAGUUGUCAUUUAUCUGAUAUCAUCCACUCCGGGUUCAACACGAUCAUUCUGCAGCCUCACCAGCUCAUGCAAAAGCCACCAUGAAUGCCAACUUUCGUAAUCGUUGAAGAUUCUAUUGCUAUUUGUUGUUCGCGGCGUGUUACUCACCCGCCAUCGUGUGUUUUUGGCGUAGCCUUAGUAAUGCAGACUCCACCUGUUUUUAUGCGUAGGGCUGCGGGUCAGGAGCCAAUAUUAUACUAUCACUAGCUUCAUUCCCAAUACUCUGAUGCUUAUGCACACAGAUCUUAACUACCAUAUUCCUGUGUCGCCCAUGCACCACAUCCAUACAUGUCUUGGAAGACGCAAGAAGCGAGCAUGUCGUCAACCCCAUGUAAGCGUCUGGAGCGAUAUGUAUAUCACGCGGCGUGUCUGGGACAAUCACCCAGCUUGAAUAGGGCCGGUCCACAAGGCUGAACUCUGCUUCACCAUC